CCUUCAAGUAAAAUCAUCAGUCAAUAGACGACCGCUGGUCAUAACGUUCGAGUAUCGCAGUGUCCGAGCAGUUGAUUUGGAAGGAAUAAUGGCUAUAAUACGAUUCUACACCACUGAAGCCUGCGAUGAAGUUCAUCGGAUGAAAAUUUUGAAACAAUUAAGUGCGAAUUUCUCGAACAUAACCACACUACAAAUCGAAAAGUGCUACCAUGUGGAAACCACAACAAAAACGGUAGACUCAAAAGCCAAAACCCUACUUAAAUGGCUGCUUAAACAUCCACAAGGCGAUGAAACUAGCCUGAGUGAAAAAUCGUCUUUACCCAAGGAAAACAACGCCUCGGUUGUCGUUGAGAUUGGCCCUCGCUUUAACUUCUCGACGCCUUUUUCAACAAAUUGCGUUAAUAUCUGCCAAAAUGUGGGUUUAUCCGAAGUGAUACGUCUUGAAGCCUCAGAUCGUUAUUUGAUUGGAUAUUCGGGCAGUCGACCAAAUAUUGAUCUAUUAGUGGAUUUGUUGGGAGAUCGCAUGACGGAAUGCCGUUAUACAGAUGAAAAUCUCCCCGUCAACAGUUUCAAUGAACAGUUGCCACAUUCACAAGAAUCGUGGUACAAAGUUCCAGUGCUCGAAAAAGGUCGCACAGCAUUGGAGGAAGUAAAUGUCAAAUUGGGUCUUGCUUUUGGCGAUUGGGAUUUGGAUUAUUAUACGAAUCUUUUCAAGAACACCCUCAAAAGAAAUCCCACCACUGUGGAAUUAUUUGAUUGUGCCCAAAGUAAUAGUGAACAUUCUCGCCAUUGGUUUUUCCGUGGAAAAAUGAUUGUGGAUGGUGUGGAGCAGCCACAGUCACUAAUACGUAUGAUAAUGGGUACUCAGGCGAAUACAAAUCAAAAUAACACGAUUAAAUUUAGUGAUAACAGCAGCGCUAUAAGAGGUUUUAAUCACACUACCAUUAGGCCUCAGUGUUUUGACGGCCCUGGACCAAUGACUUUGCACAAGGUUAACAAUGAUUUGAUAUUUACGGCUGAAACACAUAACAUGCCCACGGCCGUGGCGCCGUUUAGUGGUGCCACGACUGGAACUGGCGGUCGUUUAAGAGAUGUGCAAGGGGUUGGUCGAGGCGGUAUACCCAUAGCUGGAACUGCUGGCUACAGCGUUGGUUGCUUGAAUAUCCCUGGCUUUGCUCAACCUUAUGAGAAUGCCAACUAUCAAUACCCUGCCACCUUUGCCAAACCCCUGAAAAUUCUUAUCGAGGCAAGUAAUGGUGCCUCCGAUUAUGGCAACAAAUUUGGAGAGCCUUUGAUUACAGGGUUUGUUCAUUCUUAUGGCUUAACUAAUGUUCAAGGCGAACGUGACGAGUUUGUUAAACCAAUUAUGUUUAGUGGUGGCAUGGGCACCAUGGAAUCCACAAUGCGAGAAAAAUUUGAUCCAAAAAGAGGAAUGUUGCUGGCCAAAAUUGGAGGACCUGUUUACCGAAUUGGUGUUGGAGGUGGAGCAGCUAGUUCUGUGGAAGUCCAAGGUUCUAACGACUCUGCAUUGGAUUUCAAUGCUGUGCAAAGAGGUGAUGCUGAAAUGGAAAACAAAUUGAAUCGGGUAGUCAGAGCCUGUAUUGAAAUGGGAGAUCGUAAUCCAAUAAUGGCUAUUCACGAUCAGGGAGCCGGUGGCAAUGGUAAUGUUCUGAAGGAACUUGUAGAGCCCGGUUUCGCUGGGGCCGUUAUCUUCUCGAAGGAAUUUCAACUAGGUGAUCCUACCAUAACUGCUUUAGAAUUAUGGGGUGCCGAAUACCAAGAGAAUAAUGCUAUACUUUGUAAGCCUGAAGAUCGUCCCCUUUUGGAAAGUAUUUGCAAAAGAGAACGUUGCCACAUUAGUUUUGUUGGUGUCGUCACAGGGGAUGGCCGUGUGAGUCUGAUUGAAAGCGAAGCAGAUUUUGAAAAGGCCUUAAGUCCGUCUUUUGAGCGCUCGAAAUUGGGACCCAUGCCCUUCGACUUGGAAUUGAAAUACGUCUUGGGCGAAAUGCCGAAAAGAGAAUAUCAAUUACAGCGUUUAAGCAACAAUUUUGUGCCUUUACAAUUCACAGAAAACUUUAAUUUAGCCAAAAGUUUGGAACUGGUACUAAGUUUGGUUUCGGUGGGAAGCAAACGUUAUCUAACCAAUAAAGUAGAUCGCUGUGUAACUGGCUUGAUAGCGCAACAACAGUGUGUUGGUCCGUUACACACACCUUUGGCUGACUUUGGCUUGGUAACUGUUUCUCAUUUUGGAAAUGAAGGUCUAGCCACAUCCCUGGGUACCCAACCCAUUAAGGGCUUAUUGGAUGCUGGUGCCAUGGCCCGCAUGAGUGUAGCUGAAGCUUUAUCUAAUUUGGUAUUUGCUAAAAUUACCGAGCUAGCUGAUGUCAAGUGUUCUGGUAACUGGAUGUGGGCCGCCAAAUUACCUGGAGAGGGUGCUCGUAUGUUUGACGCUUGCCAGGAAAUGUGCGCCAUCAUGAAAGAGCUUAGAAUUGCUGUUGAUGGCGGCAAAGAUUCAUUAUCAAUGGCAGCAAAAGUUGGGGGAGAAACAAUUAAAUCCCCUGGCACCUUAGUCAUAUCAACAUAUGCUCCUUGUCCAGACGUCGGUAUCAAGGUAACACCUGACUUAAAGGGUCCAGCUAUGGGCAAGGAAACAUCUUUAUUGUGGAUAAAUAUUGAAAAUAAAUUCCGCCUGGGAGGAAGUGCAUUGGCACAAGUUUACAAACAACAAGGCAAUGAAUGUCCUAAUCUUCUUAAUAGUCAGGUGUUGGCGAAUGCUUUCAAUGUAACACAAGAACUGUUGGCUCAAGGAAAACUUUUGGCUGGCCAUGAUAUCAGCGAAGGCGGCUUACUAGUUUGUGUUUUGGAAAUGGCCUUCGGUGGUCUCUCCGGCUUGAGCAUCGAUCUGACCAAUGCUCUUACGCAAAUACCUCUACAAAAUAUUGAUGCAUCUGCACGAACAGCGCCAGAACUAGCUGUACUUUAUGCUGAAGAAUGUGGCUGGGUCUUAGAAGUAGACAACACAAAUUUAAAGGAAGUGCAAUCCAAAUUUAGCGAUAUGGGCGUUCCUAACCACUUCAUAGGAUCUACAAAGGGCUAUGGUUUGGACAAGUCUGUAAAACUUUCUUCAAAGGGCAAGCUCUUAUUAAAUGACUCGGUAAAAGCUUUGUAUAAGCAGUGGGAACGCAUUAGCUUUGAAUUGGAAAAACUACAAGCAAAUACUGACUGUGCCAUUGAAGAAUACAAUACUUUGGAAUAUCGCACUGGUCCCAAAUAUGUAUGUACAACGGUUGAUUUCAGCUCCGAAUUGGUACUGAAACGAGCUUCGAAGACCGUAACGGUUGCAGUUCUACGCGAAGAGGGUGUAAAUAGCGAUCGCGAAAUGAUGGCUUCGUUGAUGAAGGCCAAUUUUGAAGUACACGAUGUAACCAUGUCGGAUUUGCUAAGUGGUAAAACUACUUUGGAUCAUUAUCGUGGCUUAAUAUUCCCAGGAGGUUUUAGCUAUGCCGAUACCUUGGGAUCUGCAAAGGGUUGGGCUGCCAACAUUAUGUUUAGCAAACUUUUGGUACCACAAUUCCAAGCUUUCCGGAAACGCCAAGACACCUUCUCUCUUGGCAUAUGCAAUGGUUGCCAACUAAUGAGUUUAAUCGGUUGGGUGGGCGCAUCGUCAACUGAAUCCUCGAACCAAGAAGUUAUAUCAAAACCCGACGUUGCUUUACUCCAUAACAAAUCUGAACGCUUUGAGUGUCGCUGGUCAACUGUUCGCAUUGCCGACAGCAAAGCCAUGAUGUUGAGUAAACUAAAGGAUGCGGUACUUGGAUGUUGGGUAGCCCAUGGAGAAGGUCGUUUCUCAUUCCGCGACAAGAAAAUAUUAGAUAACCUGAAAAAACAAAAAUGCAUUUCCGUUCAUUAUGUGGAUGACGAUGGUAAACCCACCGAAAUCUAUCCCAUGAAUCCUAAUGGAAGUACGGAGGGAAUAGCAGGUCUAUGCUCUCCAGAUGGACGUCAUUUGGCACUAAUGCCUCAUCCAGAACGUUGUCAUGCCAUGUAUCAAUGGCCCUAUGUGUCGCCAGGCUUCAGCGUGAAAUCUCAAGCAAGUCCUUGGCAAGUAAUGUUUAACACUGCCUAUGAGUGGUGUACCAGAUGAAUUCUCAAAUAAAAUGUAAUAUAUACAAAAUUUAUAUUCUUUAUUUGCAACAAUAAAAAAGACCAGUUCUAAUACAUUCAUUAAAAAAAAAAUUAUAUAUAAAUAGCUAACAUA